CUGCCGUCUAGCCAAUAGGGAGACAAGAGAAGAGACCCACGCUUCACAUGUGGUUCCAUAUUCUAUCUUUCUCCAAAUCCUGCUUUUAUACCCAAAAUUUCCACUCUUUCACUGCUAUCAUUUGUAGAUUGGAUACUCAUACAAUAUAUUAGAUGAAGAUGGAGAAAGUGUCAACCACACUCUUCAUCAACACCCUUGUUUUCUUCUGCUUCUCCUCCUUACAGUUUCACUGCUCUCUGUCAGUCUCGGAUUCUUCAACAUCAUUCCCCAAAGAAGCCCUUCCCACAAGAUCAGGUUACCUUCCAGUAAGUCACACCUCCAAUUCCUCCAUUUUCUAUACAUUCUAUGAAGCACAAAACUCCACCUCACCUCUUUCCCAAACCCCACUUCUCAUUUGGCUGCAAGGCGGCCCUGGUUGCUCUUCCAUGAUCGCUAACUUCUACGAGCUCGGACCCUAUCGUGUCACCAAAUCACUCGCUCUUGAACCCAACCGCGGUAGUUGGAAUAGAAUCUUUGGCCUUCUUUUUCUGGAUAGUCCUAUUGGAACCGGCUUCAGUGUAGCCGCAACGCCACAAGAGAUUCCAACCGAUCAAAAUGGAGUCGCAAAACACCUUUUCGCUGCUAUAACAAGGUUUGUUCAACUUGACCCUGUUUUCAAACAUCGUCCUAUUUAUAUUACUGGUGAAAGCUAUGCUGGAAAAUAUGUUCCUGCAAUAGGGUAUUAUAUAUUGGAGAAAAAUGCUGAGUUGAAAGACACUAAGAAAGUGAAUUUAGCUGGUUUGGCAAUUGGGGAUGGUUUAACAGACCCUGUAACACAAGUUGUUACUCAUGCUGUUAAUGCUUAUUAUGUUGGAUUGAUCAACGAGAGACAAAAAAAUGAGUUGGAAAAAGCUCAACUUGAAGCUGUUGAUUUGGUUCAUAAAGGGAAUUGGAGUGAAGCAACUGAUGCUAGAAACCAUGCAUUGCGUUUGUUGAGGAACAUGACAGGGUUGGCUACUUUGUAUGACUAUUCGCGUAAAGUUCUUUAUGAGGAUGAUUUGGUUGAAAAAUUCUUGAACAUUGCCGAGGUGAAGAAGGCUUUGGGGGUAAAUGUGAAUGAAUCAUUUGUUUACGAGGUUUGCAGUGACAUUGUUGGGGAUGUAUUGCAUGCUGAUGUAAUGAAAAGUGUUAAGUUUAUGGUGGAGAAGUUGUUGAGUGAGAGUACUAGGGUGCUAUUAUAUCAAGCUCAGCGCGAUUUGCAAGAUGGCGUGGUUCAAACGGAUGUUUGGGUGAAGACUAUGAAAUGGGAAGGGAUUGUGGAGUUUUUGAAUGCUGAGAGGGAGAUUUGGAAGGUAAAUGGAGAGUUAGCUGGUUAUGUACAAAAAUGGAAGUCACUUACUAAUGUUGUGGUUUUGGGGGGUGGACAUCUUUUGCCAACUGAUCAACCUUUGAAUUCUCAAGCUAUGAUAGAAGAUUGGGUUUUGGAAAAGGGUUUGUUUGGAAGUGUGUCGUACCCAAAUGAAUCCACAAAUUCUUUAAAUGAUAUCUAAGUCUAACUAUUUGUGAUUCAACUUCAUCCUUGUUUCAAGUCUAGACUAAAUAAAAUUACUGGAGGAAGCUAUUAUAAUGAGAAGUGUGUAUGUCCCUCAGUCCCAGUACUUGAGUGUUACAUAAUGAAAUGGACAACCAAAAGAGUGAAUUUGGUUGUGUUGUUGUUGGAUUGAGAGAAUCAGUGAGCCAAGUAAAAAUGGUUACUUGUGCUAAAUGAAACCAAUUUUUAUGGUGUUCAACAUAUUUUAAUUGAUGUUUUGGGUGCUAAUUUUUUGUUUUGUGAAGGUAAAGUUACUGAAAGCUAGAAGAUGAAUGCAGCUGCAGGAACCUAGUUCUAAAGUGAAUGAAUGUUUGCUUUUAAUUCACUCAUGAUUUUAACUAUUCUAAAGUAAUUAGUGAAGGGAGAAAAACAUGUUGAUAUUUUUAAUCACUUAUGAUUUGCUAUGCACGUGUUUAUA